AUCAGAUUCUGUGUGUCAGAACAACAGAUAGCUGAACUGAACUGAACUUGAAAGGUCCCCUCUUGUGUCAGAGCAAAAUCAUUAUGUCAGUGUUUCUUUGUCUCUCUCUAUCCUUAACCCGAAAACCCUAGAAACGAACGAACCAAAUUAUUUUCACAUGACGACGGUUUCAUCUAUUAGGACGAGGUUUUCCAUCCGUUUCAUAAGAGCACUGAAGAGAAUCAGCACAAAAGGUAACGAGUUGUCGUCAAACACAAUUAUGAUUACUCGCAGGAAGCAGCAGAUGAUAAAGAGGGCGGCUUAUGUAUCCAUGGCUUCAGCCGUGGGACCGAGAAGGGCCUGGGUUCGUGCCCUGAAAUGGAAGCUUAAGCCCUCCCGAACCCGGUUUAUCAGUCGGCCGGCAUGGCUGAUGAGUAGAAGGAGGAGGAGGAGGAUGAUGAAGAGGAUAGGAAGUGUAGGCGGGGGCGAGAGAGAGAAGAAGGUAGCUUGCCGGUCUGAGGAGGAGGAGGUGCUGCGGAGGCUGGUGCCCGGAGGAGAGGGCAUGGAUAUAUACAAAUUGCUUGGUGAAACUGCUCACUACAUAAAGUGCCUUUCAACUCAGGUAGAGGUCAUGACGACUAUUACCGAUCAUCUUUAUAAUAUUUGACUCUAUAUAUAUAUGUAUAUUGAGUCCGAUCCAGUUAAUAAUUAAUUAGUGAAGGGGGGAUCUGAUCACUCACAUAAAU